ACUUUAUUUCUGUUAGUAAACACAUGGGUCGUGGGUUCGGCAAUCUCUUUGACGUGUUCUCGUGUUAUUGGGAAAUAAAAUUGACAAUUGAAACAUCGUCUCGCAGCACGUAAUGAUGGUGCAUGAUGUCCGAUUCUCAAGCGAAUCCCGUCCAUUGGUCGCUCAAGAGCCCGACUUCCACCUUAUCUGCAGAAGCUUCUCCGUUUGUUCCGAAUAAUUUUAUUCCUUUGGCUCCACCUGCAAAUUCUGAGGGGCCAUGUGCAUCUGCGAGUGCUCAAAGUUUUUAUCCCAUGUACGGGGAAGUACCUGGUUACUACUCCUCAUUGGUGCCAACGCCAGCUCUGCCCUUCUAUGCAAUGCAGUACCAAUGCAUGUAUCCGCCACAAAUGAGUGUGUACCCAAACAGUGACUGUUCUGUCCUCGUUCCGUCUCAGCAACUUCCUGCCCCGAGACAAAACAAAGGCCAUCGGCAAAAAGAUGGCAAUGCACAGAGAGAAACAAGAGGCGCAAGCGAUAAACGGGUGAUGAGGAAUUCUAAGAUGCAGGAAGGUGUCCUUAAUCCGGGGACACGACGACAGCUUCCGGAGAGGAGAAAGCCUAGCGAGCAGGAUGUCACGACAGCCUCCAAACCAGACAUAAAUCCUGAUCUCUCAAGCAGCAAAGAAUUCCCAUCCCUUUCCUCCUCUGAACCUGAAAGACCACAGAAUACAGCUGCAAAGAAUUCCGUCAGUUACUCCACUGCCUUGAAGCAACAGCCACAGAAAGUGACACAGAUGGUUGACAAAUGUGAUAGUGAAACAAAGAACUCUGUGCAUCAAAAGAUGCCAGAGACCCACCUAGCAGCAGCUGGGGAGAAAUGGAAAAUGCAGAAGGGACAGCGAGGAAGGAAACACAUAAAUCUUGUGCCGGAAAGCUGUGCACCCUCACGAAGCCGUAAUAAAGUACAAAUUCACGGGACAACUAAUGACAAAAGUUUGGAAAAGUGUUCGAGAACGACUGCCAUUUCCAGAGACUAUGUGAAGCAAGGGGAUGGUGGUAGACCACCCGUUGAGCUUCGUACUCGUGAAUGCUGGCGGCAGCGCCACGACAGGCCUCUAGAUCAACCACAGCAGCACGUCACAACCAUGGUAGAUGGUAGUUCGCGGAGGAUCACUGCACUUGUGAACAUAGCAGCAGCGACAAAGCCUGAACGUUCAUACGCCGCGGCAUUGAAUCGUGCCCCUCAGACAAUUGUAAUGCAAGAGCAUGCAAACAGUGCAGGUGGGCAAGGUAGUACAGGCAUAAAGCCGAAGCUGGCUUCCAAAGCAGAUAUCGUUGCUUCCGCCAAGGGUGAUCUAUUAAGAGGAUCAUGGGGAAGCAUGACUUCUUCUCACUCUUCACAAAAUUUGGUAAAGGCUGGCACUGCUAGUGAUGUAAACAGUCGGAACUCAAAGCCAGUGAGUGCAUCAAAAUCAGUGAACCCUCCUCCUGCUAAAGGGAAUCCUCAAGUUCGAAUAAAUGUUUCAAAGGCAAAGAAGGAGACACACAACAGCGCUCUCAAGCGAAACGUUUUGAAAUCCCAACAGAAGAACGUAAAAGGUGAAACAGGAGUAAAGUCCUCUUGUGACGACAAGAAGAAAAAGAGGAAGAAAAAGUCUCCAAAGAUUCCAGACCUAAUGGUGGACAAAGUAGGAAUGAUCUCACAAGAAUUACUGGACUUCCUGCAAGGUGGCAGUGGUGGUGGUGGCAUUGUGAAAACAAAGGAUGAUCAACAGGGUGGAUGCGUGGCAAUGGUGGAGGAUGUUCUGACAGAAUAUCCUCCCUUGGAAGGAAAAGAGGAGUUGCCGGAACAGAGCAGAAGCCGCGCACAACUUGGAACAUACAGCAAGAUUGUAGCUUCAAAAAUGAAGUCGGCCUCAGGGGUUGCUCAGCUACCACAGCCAGUAACUACAGAGACACAACUAGACACCAGUGACAAGAAACCUGUAGAAGGAGCAGAUGAUAAGAAACCACAGCACGCAAGACUACGAAAAUUAGUUGCUCUUGGAAAUGCUCCCACUCCCAUGCAUAAAGUACCUAUCAGCAUGCAGAUAAGCAGUGUCAUCCUACCACAAGAGAAACAGUGUAAGAAGCUCAAGGGCAAGGAAAAUCUCUUCUCUGGAAGCACCAAGAAAGAGAAGGUGCAGAAAGAAGUGAUUGUGAAAGGCUCAGCAAACAUCCUGGAUUCCUCAGCACCUCUUCGAAAACGAGGCAAGGAACGAGAGCUACCACGGAAAAAGAAGCUGUCUGUCAUGAAAAAGAUAAUUCUCAAGGAACGAGAACAGCGAAAACAGCUCAUAGGAAAAAUGAAACAGGCAGCCACAUUGAGACAACAGCUCAUAGAGAAUUCUGCAGCCUUAGAAGAGAGCAUUGUGGAAGACAAGUUGACAUCUCAUGGCCGGCAGAGGUACACACUUCACUCCAAGAAUUUUAGGGAUCUUAGAAGCAAGCAUGGUCUCAGCUGUCAGGGUGUCUACCAACCUGGAAAACCUGGAAAACAAGGAAUUGUCAGGGAUGCUGUGGCAUGGCGGAUGGAGCUGUUAACUACAGGGUAUUGUGACCAUCUGCUAAGCAAAGAAAUCAACGAUGUUUCAAAGAAGCUGAUAUCGGACUUGGUUCUAUUUCAAGAUCGUUUGCAUCUAAAAGACCCAGUGAAGGCAAGAAGCAAACGUCGCCUUGUCUAUGGACUCAAGGAAGUCAGGAGGUAUCUGAGCUUAAACAAGCUAAAAUGCAUAAUAUUUGCCCCCGACAUCGAAGAGGUCAAAGCUGAAGGUGGUCUCAAUGAUUCUUUGCAAGACCUGAUCGAUUCCGCUAGGAGGCAUUCUGUUCCAGUUGUCUUUGCGUUGAAAAGGAGAGCUUUGGGGUACUAUUCCAAGAAGAGUGUCCCUGUGAGCUGCAUCGGCAUCUUUGACCAUGGUGGACGAGAGGCUGAUUUCAGACACCUUAUAGAGCUUGUGGAAGAGGCACGGAAAGCGUACAGUUAUGCGGUAGAACAGCUCCAAAGUUGUCAGAAGGCAGCUGAGGAAACUUCUAUGUCUAGUCCUAUGAGCACCACUUGCAAUGAAGCUAGGCAAUCAUCCUCGCAGCGAAGCCCUGGUAAAGAUAGAACUAUCCAGCAAUCAGGUGCCAGUGAGACAGUGUGUUCCUCUGUUGACGAUGGUUGGAUUACAACAAAUGACACAGAUGAAGACUCAGGUGAUGAACCAGAGGCUGCUGUAGAAGCAAGAGCGGCUAAGGUUUCUCAAUUGCUCGUUAAUGUACUUAGAGCGCCACAAAAAUAAAUGAGUAUGUUGUUGACAUGGUAAGGACUACAUAGUACAGCCAAAGUUAAGGACUGUAGUUUUAUGCCAGAGUCUGUGGCUCCUAGGGGAAUCAAGUUGUACAAACACACCUUUUUAUCGCUAGUCAUAUUGUCAUAAACAGUUUCAAUACAAUGCUGUCAUAUUUUUGAAACACCGUGGAAGUUUUGACAUCCUGAUAAUGUGAGGUGUGCAUGAUGCUUGUAUUAUCAUGGGAUGCCUUUCAUCUGAAAGAAAAUCGUUUAUUUUUAAAUUUGACAAUCACCCCCUUUUGAAUGCUGACCGCUGGGGUGUAUCACCAUGAUUGACCUGAAAAUGCAGUGGGCAGCCUUCACAUUAACAUUCCUGUUGAUUUUGUGAGAUAAGCGACAAUUUAAUUUUGAAAGUGUUAAGGGUUCAGAACAUAGAUGUAUCACACAACAUAUUUCAUUUCAAGUAUUUCACAACAUUAGCCUGUUUACACUGAACGAGCUGGUGAAACAACCAAGUAGGCAUUGCUCUACUGUUAACAUGCAUUAGCAAAUAGUGAUCUAGAUGUCUUUCAUCAAUAUUUUCACAUAUUGCUGCUAAUGCUAUCUACAAAAGCUAACUAAAUGUAGCACGUCUCUUGUGUUUCUGUUGCUCAGUGAAUAUGAGUAUAAACAAAGGGUAAGAAAUGCAAAUGGUUUCUGUUCAUGAGCUACGAUAACUAUUGAUUUAUUCUGGAUUGUUCACUCUUUUCUUUUCUUUUUUUUUUCACAGUGUUUGUGAUAUUUGUAGAUUUGCAUAAAUAUUUUGUGUAGGCAUUUUGAACAUGAGUACAGUGUAGGAUAGGUGGUGAUCAGAAUUAUAGUUAAGUCCUCUCUGGCAGUAGUGUACCACUUCGAAAGAAUCAGUGAAAGAAACUGUUUAUAAUGAGCACUUAUAGCGACAACUGCACCCAGCAUUCUUACCAAUUAAUGCCUCGAGCACUAUGCUCAGCUUUUCGUGGAUGCCUCACGGAGGCUGGACAUGAAGCUGCCAAGCUCACUGAGCUGUAGAAUAUAUGGGAGAACACUUUGCUACACUUUGUUUUGUCAACAGUUAUGAAAGCUAGAUUUUUGCAGUUCCCCUGCGAAUAUAUUUUGACACUGCGUGCUGGGUACACAGUGUGUACAGUUCUGACAAGCUCGUGUUGACGGUGCGUGUUAGAUAUUGACAAAUACGAAUAUUCUGACAUCUAUAUUGAGUCUUGUGUUUGCAAGGGGCACAUGUGCCCACUUCAUUAAAAUGCUUGUGCUUAUUUUGGAGUGUUCAAAGGCCAGUUGUAAAAUUUGCAUGCAGUUGUAGGAUAUCCUAGUAAAUGAAUGUGUGUAUGAAAAUUGCACACAUUAAAUGACAUGCUGAACCACAGGAAUGAGUUUUCCAGGAAUGGAAUGCUCAUUUCACUUGUUUCACUGUAUUUUUUCUCAGUUUACUACCACCUGACAAUAUUGGCCAUUACGUGCCAGUGUGCACGUCUGUCAUGAUGGGUGGGAAAGAACUCCAAAAAAAUUGUAUUGGGAGGAGGAAGUAUUAUUGAAACACUGUCGAAAAUAACUUUUUGCACGAGAUCAAAAAGAUAGUGAAUUAGAUAGUUUUAGAUUAUACUGUGCAACAAUGUUUGAUGUUGGCAUGUGACUGUCAUGAAGCAAUACUUUACUAGGGUGAUCAUUUCUGUGCUCAGCUACAUUCUUCAGGCUUUAAACUGGCGUAGACCCAAGCAUUUUUAGGUAUUACAGAUUUUGAAAAUCGGAGGCAAAAAUCUGGUUUUAGUUCAGUAGCUGAUCAAUAGGGUAAUAUUGGGUGGAAGAUCAAAAUCCGGCAAUGUCAUAUUUCAGAUGAACACAAGAUGUCAGGCUGUUCUGCUCAAAGCACAGUGCCCAUUUGGUACCUGAAUUUGCACUGUAGCAAGGUUGUUUGGGGAAUUUUCUCUGUUACUUAAGUGACAAUAGUGCAAAUUAGGUUAUAGUGCAAAAUCUGCCUUCGAGAAUUACAAAUUUCACUCCACUUUUAGCAUCCAAGAGAAACAUGAAUGGGACGGAUGCUAUCUACAAUGAUGGGUUACGUAUACGUAAUGAUGUACAUAGUCAUGGCAAUUGGUGAAUUACUACUGGAAGUGAACAUUGAAGGAUAAGUUGCAAUAAAAAUGUUUUGUUAAGGUG